GAGAUGGUGCCUUCUGAUACAAACACUCACACUCACUCACGUACUCUUACCCUUAUCCUGUCCCAGAUUACCCUGAUGCGUGUGAUGAGAUCUUAACCCUUUCACUGAUUCGCUAUGGUGGUUCACUGGUGCUAAAUAGUGAUGGAUAACUCGUAAAAAUGAAGCGAGGCAUAGGACACGUUGGAACCUCUUAGUGACACACAUAAGCACUCAGGUAACAGUACUUGAUGCAGUGUGUGUUAAUUUGCCAGUGAGAGGCAGAUCAGCGUGGUGCAGUUGCGGGAACACGACCCAAGUGGCUUUUAGCAGUCUUUAGUGGUCUUGAGAUGGCGCGAGGUGGGGUAGUGGUCGUGAUGGCUGCGGUGGUCUCGUGGGUGGUGGUGGUGAUGGUGGUGGUCGUAGAGGGGCAGUUUGUACCAGGGUUCUUGGUGGAGUCCGGAACUGACCUGCAGGAGUGGCCGGAGGACCUCGCCAAGCUCUUCCCGAAGGAGGUGACGCCGGAGGAACAUCACGACCACUAUGAGAAAGCCGAGGCCCUGGCGAUGCAGGCAGGGACAGUGGCAGCUCCUCCCUCUGACCACAGCCCCGUGGAGGAGGUGCUUGGCGGCCCCGUGCGGCUUAAUGGAGUCUGGGACAGUGAGUACCCCGGCGUGAAAGUCCUUGCAGACGGAACCGCAGACCAUGACCAUGGACAAUACCCAGCCGUGUCUGAGGUUCCUCCUGCGGCUUCUCUUUCCCCUUCGUCAGCUACAGGUUCUGCUGAAGGAGGAAGCAGGGAUGGCGGUGGCUGCGGGUUGGUGGCCUUCUCAGUGGCAGGCGCUCAUUACAAGCAUAGGAAGGCGGGCACCACAGGGACACAGGUACUUUUUGAUAAGGUGUUGGCGAGUGUUGGUCCGGGAUUCAACCACACGGGGGGAUAUCUGCGGUGUGAGUGUCCCGGCUACUAUCACCUCUCCAUCCACGGCGUGUCCCCGCUUCAGGGCAGGGCCAGGCUGGACUUAAUGAGAAACAGGCAGAGGGUGGCGUCGACAGAAGCUCAGUAUUACGGCUUUGGUUCGGGCUCCAACACGGCCAUCAUUCACCUGCAGAAGGGAGACAUCGUGUACGUCUACCUGGCCCAGGGCUUCCUGUACGAGAAUGACGCCAGGUUCAGGGGCUACGCGUCCUUCAGUGGGUUUAGGCUGCAGGGCUGACUGUGUGUGUGUGUGUGUGUGAGAGAGAGAGAGAGAGAGAGAGAGAGAGAGAGAGAGAGAGAGAGAGAGAG